AGCGUUACAGAGGAGGACAUCAGCCACUGAAGAGGCACGACCCAAACUGAAAAAGCAGGACUGCAGACGACAGUUCAUGAAAAUGAGUUUUUGAGUGCAGACAGAGUAAACGGAUCUUGGCCCAGAGGAUCAUCUUAUUCACUCCAGAGAAGUCUGGGACAAAAUAGAAGGAAGACUUCAGCAGAGACUGUGAAAGGAGAAGGGUGUCCAAGAAGAUGGAACAGACUCCCCAGAUCUGGCACACACAGGUCACCCCACAGGAAGUGUCUGGAGAUCUCCAAAAGAAAGUGUCAGUUGUGAACCAGCCCGAGUGCUCCAUCUGUUACAACACCUACGACAAUGUCUUCAAAACGCCAAAACUUCUGGAGUGCACCCACACUUUCUGCCUCGAGUGCCUCUCUCGUCUCAUGGCAGUGUCGAUGGCAGAUCAGGAUGAAGGCGCCAGUAGCGCCCACCUCUCCUGCCCCUUCUGCCGCCAUCCCACCACCCUCCCCGAAGCAGGACCCCCGGCCCUGGCCACCAGCCGUGACGUCCUGUGCAAACUGCCCAGUCACCAGCAGCAGGAGGAGCCCGUGUGGCUGGAGGGCCAGAAGCUGUGCUACAAAACCUCCAGGCGUGAGUCCAGCUCAGGGGCCCCCGACAGUCCCACUGCCUUCUGCAUUUGUAUCGACAUCGGGGGCAACAAGGCAGCAGAUCCGCAGGUCCAAUCGCAGACCCACACCCUGGGCGUCCUGGACCGGCUGGCAGACUGGAAGAGGAUGGUGCUCUUCAUUGUACUCAUGGUACUGCUUAUAGUUGUUGUGUUAUGGCCGCUGCAGUGUAUAUUCAGCACAGGAAACAUGCGCUGUACACGAGACUCGGUCAGCACCACUGAGGCCACCACAACCGUUACUUUCAGGCCCUUUCACUAAGCCAGCUGGACUGGACUACACUGUACCUGUACUGUACAUAAUGUUGUAUAUAACUUAAUAGCCAACUCGGCUUUGGACAUUUUUCCACUGUAUAUGCACAUUUUUAAUGCAACAUCUGUGAUUUUUUUUCCAUGAAGAAGAAGAUUUACAAAGGUUCAAUAUGUAAGACUGGUGCUUGGUUUUUUGCUGUCAUGAGUGUGUGUUGGAGUCACUUUUGAACAGAAAUACCUGUAGAAGUCACGUCACCCAUUUGUCUUUAAACUGACAUUUUGAAGCCAGGAGUUUAUGUUUUAGUGGCCACAAUCUUAAAGCCAGAAGUGACUACUUUUAGACAAAAAGGUGGAGCAUGAGAAGUGCAAGGAAGGAUGGUUGAGCUAGUGCUAAAGGUGACUUUACUGACUAAAAAAGGCAACCUUCUAAUAGUUGUAAUGUAAAAAUAGGUUUCCAUCUAGGGCAUGGAUUGGCAACCUUUGCUAUCAAAGAGCCAUUUUUGGAUAGAAAAGAAAUGUGUGGGAAAAAAAUGUCCUUAAUAGGUUUUACCUCAAAGUGGUGACCUUGUGAGCAGCUGUCAUUUGUCAUUACUAUGUCGUGCAACAAAAAUUGACUGGUAUGUGAAGACUUCCUUUGAAAUGGAGUAAACAGAUAAAUGCUCUGUGUCAUAAAUUAAAAAUUAGUCUGUUUUUUUUGCUACAACAUCUAUUCUUGGAAAGUCUACAUUUUUACAACAGCAUAACAUUAGAAAGACUUUAUGGUUGCAGUAAUAAUUCCAAAAUUCUUUAAAAAAUUAAGUGUUAUUCAUUCCAUAUGUUUUGGACAAAGCUACAGGUUGCCUACUUCUGUUCUAGAGGAUCCAAAGAAGGCAGAAGAUCAUUUUUAGACCCAGCAUCUAGUGGUCAUCAGUGGUAUUCCAUUUUAAGAUACUUGCGUAAUGGCCUCACUUUCAGGCAGCGGUUGUUGCCCUCUGGUUUUUCAGCGCAAAACCUCUAACUCUCACAACAAAGUUCUUCUUCAUUGUGCCUCUUCUGCUCCUCUACAGAUCCAACACUACAACACUAGCCACAGUUAGCUUAGAAUGGAGUUAGGAACAACAAUUGACCCACUUUCAGCUUAAAAUAGAUGCUAAAACAUCCAUGAAUCUUCCAUAUUGAACCUUUGAAGACACGACGCUAGGAUACCUUGGCGCCAUCCGGUGGUAGUAUUACAAAGACAGUGUGGAAUGUGAAAAUCUUGGACUGAAAUGAAACCAGACUUUUCCCACAGACAUUUCUCCUGAAACAAAUGCAUUGUAGUUGUACAUAGUACAUACACAGGGGCUUGAACUUGAAUCAGCAAGAGUUUAUCUUCCUCAACAGUUGUACAUGAAUGAACUUUGUUUAUGGCAUUUUGAAGAGUGAUGCAAGCCCCAACACUGACAGAACUGGAAGAUAUGAAGCACUGUGUUUUUUGUUUAGGAUGCCAAAUUUCAUGCACUUUAAUCAUGGCCUGUAGGUUGAAAUUAGAUAUUUCCUUUUUCACCAGUCUGAUGUGACAUUGAGAGACUUGGCAGAUGCCAGAGAACACAAAGGGCUAUUUUUGUUAUGAGUGUCUGCUCACAGAUCAGAGAUGACGUAGAAGUAGUGGCUGACAUUUAGUAAUGAAAUGUGAACUUUGCUUUGUAGGUACAGUCAGCUGAAGAACAACAAAUACAGAAAUGCUUAGUGACAAAAAAAAAAAAAAAAAGAUGUCACAAAACAAAAUGAAUGUAAAUCCACAUGUGCCAAGUGAAAUCUUUAAAUUGUACAUUUGAUUUGUGUGUUUUGAGGUGUCCUUGUUUACAGAACUGUAAUAAAACAGUGAGGCAUUCA